AUGGCGAGCAGCACCCCUGAACACUCCCUUCUUGAUCUGCACAUUGAUAGAGGCUGGAGAUCUGGUAACACCAACAUUGGUGACGACAAAAAGGCUCUUGGUGAGAACAUGAAUACGCUCGUAAUGUUGAUUCUUAUGGAAGUGAUAUACGACGCUCGAGACAAGUUGUCAGAGGCUGAAUGGUCUGAAGAGUGA